AUGAGCGCCCGCAACGUCGACGACGGCGACGAGCCGUCUUACAUUGACUACGAGACUUUCCUCGAUCCCGCCUUCAGCCCGCCAGCGUUUGCCAACACGCUGGUGCUUGCGACGAACAACCCAAACGACGCGCCGCUCGACCUCUCGACGCCCCUGUCGCGCGUCCUAUUCGACAUCCAAGAGAUCGAUUCCCACAUCGACGUCCUCACCAGUCGCUCCGCCGUGCCCCUCCUCUCCUACACCAAGGAGCAGACCGAUUCCAGCACCCGCAUUGUCACCGACAUUGACACGCAGAUCCGCGCCCUCAACGACAGCUACAAGCAGCUCGAGAAGGAGGUCAUCCAGAAACAUGCCGAGGCCGACGAAGUGCGCCACGUCGCCUCGCGUCUGUGGGACACAUUGCGGCUUGGCCGUGCCGUCGGCAGGUGUCUACAGCUAGGUCGCCAGCUCGAGGUCCAGCAUGGCGAGCUGGCGGGCUCGUCGUCCGCCGGCGCCACGAACCCCACAGCCCCCCCUUCCUCCGCUUCCCGGACCAAAGAAGACCACCGCGCUCUCGUCCGAUGCGCCCACACGCUCCUAUCCCUCCGCGAGCUUCUGUCGUCGGCCAACACCGCCGAUGCUGAAGGGUUCGGCAUUGAUCGCGUCAACGCUGUGCGGUCCCUGCGCGAUGCUGUCGUCAACCCCACGGAGCGGUCGGUGCGCGAGACGGCCGAGCGGCUGAUCCGCGAGUUCUCGGUCGGCACGGCGUUGGGGUCGGCGACGUUUGCGCAGUCGGAGGAGGCGCGGGCGCGGACCAUCUCGGCGCUGACGACGCUGUACCUGCUCUCGCCGACGGACUUGGCCAAGGGCCAGAAGUGGGCGCCGACGCUCAUGCUGCAGGCGCUCGAGGCGUACCUGCGCACGGCUCUGCAGAGCAGCAUCGCUGGCCUGUCGCGCGCGCUGGCUACGCUCCCGAGCCUCGAACGCGCCCUCGCCGAGGUCAGCGCGCGCUGCCAAAACGUCGUCGCCCUCGAGGCCGUCCUCGAGACCACCAGGACGCCCGUCCACCCGCUCCUCGCCGCAACAUCAGCCCCGCCGGCCCAGCAACAGCAGCACGCCGCGGCGGGAGCAGCAGCACCCGCAGAAAAGAGCGGCAACCUACUGCAGCCGCUGUUGGCCUUCCUCGAGACGGGGUCGCUGGCGAGCUACUUCUGGCGCACCAUGGCGAGCAGCAUGGCGUCGCGCGUGCACGAGAUCGCGGGCAAGGGCGGCGCCGCGGCGCGCACGCUGCGCGCCAACCGCCAGGCGGUCGCCGACGCCAUCCGCGACUGCGUCGUCCGGGGCAGCCAGCUGCCCAGCGCCGUGGCCGCCGGCGCAAAGGGCAAGACCAAGACGGCCGCCGAGGGCGUCGCCGCCGCCGGCCACUGGGAGCGCGAGGUCGCCGUCAUGGUCGGCAGCGUUGUUAAUAACCUGGGGCGGUGA